UAUAUGGUUUGCGCGCUCUCAUGCAGUAACAAUACUUAAAUCUAUGAGCUAAUAAUAUGCCGACAAAAUACAGCCUGCUGAGUGAUAAACAGCAUUUAUAGAGACCGUGGGUGGGAAUACAUUUAGUGUUCUGACGUGGGGUUAACAUCAGUGUGGAGAAUAAAAAGCGCAGUAUAAAAGAGUUGGUCCUGGACACAACUUGGUGGGAAAAUAGCACAGAACGUCAUCAGGAAGACAUGCGCGUCUCUUCACUAGCGGUGCGCGUGCUGUGCCUGCUGUCGCUCUCCUGCGCGUGCUACAUCCAGAACUGCCCGCGCGGGGGGAAGCGCGCCUCCGCCGAUCCAGCUAUCAGACAGUGCAUGGCGUGUGGUCCUGGAGCCAGGGGCCGCUGCUUUGGUCCUGGUAUUUGCUGUGAAGCAGGUUUAGGCUGCUCUGUGGGCUCUCGUGAAGCACUAAGCUGUAUUGAGGAGAACUACAUUCCCAGUCCAUGUGAGAAUGGAGGGAGAGCAUGUGGAUCUGAGCAGGGACGUUGUGCUGCUCCAGGUGUCUGCUGCAACUCAGAGAGUUGUGUUCUGGAUUCUGGCUGUUCAGAAGACAGCAGGCAUAACCGCCCUGCAGAAGGAAGCACUGUAUUGAGCAGUAUUUCAACAGGAGAGAUGCUUUUGCAUCUCCUCAGCCUGGCUACUGUGAAGCAGAGAGAAGUUCAACAGUUCAGCGAUACUUGAUUAUUUGUAUUAACAUACAAAAACUUAACACAAAGCGUGCUCUUACAUAUUUUUGUGUGUAUUAUGUUACCAUUUAUUGUAAUGAGCUGUACAGUUCUUCAUAGGGUUAAGUGUGUAAAUAUGUAGUUAAUAAAUAUUUCUUGCACUCUCACCUGCUAUUAAGUGUGUUUACUCCUGUAUUCUUUUUUUUCUCUCGUACACUCCUUUCUCCUACUUCUAACCGUUUCAUUUAAAGGGCUAUUCAUUUGGCUUCUGGUAAUUUCUUAUUCAUUGCAACUUCAUUGUUCAAGAAACAAGAUUAACCACUGUCGUUAAUGAGUCACUGUCACGCCAGACUGCUUCCCAGGAUGUAACAGGUGUGUGUCAACAAUAACAUCAAAUCCAGUUUUUACUGAUGUGACUGAUGCUUUAUCCCCAUUAUUCUUUAUCUCUGACAGAUCCGACAGAUUUCACAUCUUUUUGAAGAUCAAUCAACAGUUAAAGCCCAUUAUAAAUACACCAGACAUUGUACACAAAUAUGUAUGGAAUAAAAUUAAAAUUUUGUAUUUAAUCCAAGAAUUAUAACUAAUCUGAAAGGACUUUUUAUAUGAAGUCAUCCAUGCCAUCACCUCUGUAUAUUUGGAAAGUGAUUCUUUUUUCAAUAAUGGUAUUAAUUUUUUAUUUGUCUAGUGAAUAGUGUCUAAUUCUAUUCAACUGAUGUUAUGUAAUUGGUUAGUUGUUUAUUUAACUGUUCAGAGAUGCUUGAUAUUUCUAAAU